UCCUGCUUCACAUCUUUCCCACUUCACAUCUUAGCAGCUUCACAUCUUUCCCACUUCACAUCCUUCCCACUUCACAUCUUAGCAGCUUCACAUCUUUCCCACUUCAGAUCUAUCCCACUUCACAUCUUAGCAGGUUCACAUCUUUCCCACUUCAGAUCUUUCCCACUUCACAUCUUUCCCACUUCACAUCUUUCCCGCUUCAGAUCUUUCCCACUUCACAUCUUUCCCACUUCACAUCUUAGCAGCUUCACAUCUUUCCCACUUCACAUCUUAGCAGCUUCACACCUUAGCAGCUUCACAUCUUUCCCACUUCAGAUCUUAGCAGCUUCACAUCUUCCUGCUUCACAUCUUUCCCACUUGAAGAUAAAGGGUUCAAAUGAAGUUUUCUAG